ACCCUCGCCGCGCGCACAGCCCGCCCCGUCCUCGCCUCGUCGUCGCGCCUCGCCCCCACCCUCGUCCCCCGCCCGACCACCUCCGCCUCGCUCUCUGCGGUCCGCCUCCUGAGCGUGUCGGCCCCGAGGCAGGACCGCUACAGCCCCGUUGCCAACGACAAGCGCUGGGCCAACGCCGACAAGGUGACGUACGACGAGCUCAAGCCCUUGACCGACAGCCCGUCCGACAAGGUCCUCCUCAUCGACGUCCGCGAGCCGGCCGAGGUCGCGCUCGGCAACAUUCCCUCGUCGGUCAACCUCCCGCUCUCGUCGUUCGAGAAGAGCCUCGCCAUGGACGAGGGCGACUUUACGCGCGUGCACGGCUUCCACAAGCCGACCAAGAAGCAGCCGAUGAUCUUCUACUGCAAGGCGGGCGUGCGCGCUCAGACGGCCGUCGACCUCGCCCGCAGCCAGGGCUACAAGCUUGCGCGCAACUACGAGGGCUCGUACAACGACUGGGUGCAGCGCGAG